CUGCGGAGUGCUGGGAAGAGGUGGAAAUGGGCUUGAGAUGAAGAGUUGUCCCCUUAGGCCACCUUUAGGCUCUCAUCUCCUGUCACUAUGAUGUGGGGAGCGAGGAUGAAGCCGGGAUGGGGAGGGGAAGGAGCCGGGACUUGAACCAGUCAGCCAAUGGGAGACGAAUCAGGAUGGUUAAAGGCUAUGGUUACAGAGUCAGUAAUGACACCAGGAAGAACUCGGGGCUCAACGAUUGUUCCCAGAGGAGGGCUCUUUGGUGAUCUGGGCUAAGGGAUUGGAUGGUCCCUCAGGUCAGAAAACUACCCCCCAGCCCCUAUAGCAUGGCCAGCUUGGCACAAGCAGAUCAAAGGGUUCCCCUCUUACCCACCUCCCCAGAGAAGGAUUCAGGUGUCCAGGGGUCCUGCUCCUAUCCCCUUCCUAGGUUCCUGCCAGACUACAGGGGAGGAGGGGGAGGCAGGGAGAAGGUGAUAAGAAGCCAAGGUGGCUCCCAGGGCCCUCCUGCCUAUGGAGGGAGGGGCCAGGAAGUCCCUGGGGGCACAAAAUGUUCCCAACGCGCUAGGCUAACCGGGACACUCUGUCCCCACUUCUUCCUUUGCCUCCACGUUGUUCACGAACUCCCUGACAUCUGGAUCCCGGUCAGGGGGACCAGCUCCAGAUCCCAAGGGACUGACUAGGAUCGGACGUGGGCAAACACCAACUAUGAGGAUCCUGGGAUUUCCCCUUCCAUCGAUCCCCUCCCCAUGAGAUAGAUUCCCUAGAAACAGCCACCAUCCGUUAGAUGGGAAGGAUAUGAUCCGAUUGGAUCCUUGAACUGACCCAGUGGGAUAGAGUUUGGGAAUAUAAUCUGAUAUUGUCCCCACCCCCUCUCCCCAUCCUCUCUUGCCCCCCCCCCCACUUCCUGAAGCCUAGCUGUGCCCCCUCCCACUCAGCACUCCCCUCCACCUCCAGGCAGGGGUGGACCUCCAGAUCUGACACAAGCCAGACCCACCCUCCCCCCCUUCUUGUCCCAGCCCCCGCCCAAGGGAAGCAGCCGCCUCCAUCCUGCGGCUUCCAGGAAGCCCCAGGCCCGGUCAUUUCAUUGUUCCCGGCUCCCCCGCCCAGCCGGACACCCAGUGUCCACCCAGCACUGCCCCAGAUAUCCCAGCCCGGGUGGCCUUUGGCCUCCCGGGGAAACAUGAAGUCCAGCAGCCCAGUGGAGAGGUUGCUCCGAGCCCUGGGGAGGAGGGACAGCGCCCGGGCUGUGUGCAGGCCUGGGAAGGCUGAGCCACACAGUUUUAGGGAGAAGGUUUUCCGGAAGAAGCCACCAGCCUGUACUGCCUGUAAGGUGACAGUUGAAGGGACCGGGCUGGUGUGUCGAGUCUGCAAAGCAGCGGCGCACCGGAAAUGCGAGUCCAAGGUGACCACGGCUUGCCAGGCCCUGCCUCCGGUGGAGCUGCGGAGAAACACUGCCCCGGUCAGACGCAUUGAACACCUGGGAUCCACUAAGUCUUUGAAUCAUUCCAAGCAGAGGAGCACCUUGCCUAGGAGUUUUAGCCUGGACCCACUCAUGGAACGCCGCUGGGACCUGGAUCUGACCUAUGUGACCGAGCGAAUCCUGGCCGCUGCCUUCCCAGGCAGGUUCGAUGAGCAGAGGCAUCGCAGCCACCUUCGGGAGCUGGCCCACGUGCUGCAGUCCAAGCACCGGGACAACUACCUGCUCUUCAACCUGUCAGAGAAACGGCAUGAUCUGAACCGACUGAACCCCAAGGUCCAGGACUUUGGCUGGCCAGACUUACACGCACCCCCCCUGGACAAGUUGUGCUCGAUUUGCAAAGCCAUGGAAAACUGGCUUAGCUCCAGCCCCCAGCACGUGGUGGUUCUGUACUGCAAGGGGAACAAGGCCAAGCUGGGCGUCAUCGUGGCCGCCUACAUGCAUUACAGCAAGAUCUCAGCCAGUGAAGACCAGGCUUUGGCCACUCUCACCAUGCGCAAGUUCUGUGAAGACAAGGUGGCCUCCGAAUUCCAGCCCUCUCAGAGAAGGUACAUCAGCUACUUCAGUGGUCUCCUCUCUGGCUCCAUCAGAAUGAACAGCAGCCCCCUGUUCCUCCACCAUGUGCUCAUGCCCGUCCUACCUGCCUUUGAGCCAGGCACAGGCUACCAACCAUUCCUCAAGAUCUAUCAGUCCAUGCAGCUAGUCUAUACAUCCGGAGUCUAUCACAUCUCAAACCCAGGACCCCAACAGCUUUGCAUCAGCCUGGAGCCUGCCCUUCUCCUCAAAGGUGAUGUCCUGGUGACAUGCUAUCAUAAGGGGGGCCGGGAGUCAGAGCGGACCCUGGUGUUCCGGGUUCAGUUCCACACAUGUACCAUUCAUGGAUCCCACCUCACCUUCUCCAAGGACCAACUAGAUGAGGCCUGGACUGAUGAAAGAUUCCCCUUCCAAGCCUCAGUGGAAUUUGUUUUCUCCUCUGGCCCUGAGAAGAUAAAAGGUCGGGAACCCCCACGAAAUGAUGCAUCUGUUUCUGUUGACUACAACACCACAGAUUCAGCUGUUCGCUGGGACUCCUAUGAAAACUUUAACCAACACCAUGAGGACAGUGGGGAUGGUAUGAGGGGCAGGAGAAGAGGGGGGGAUGGUCCAAGGGGGUGGUUUGAGAUCAUUCCAGGGUCCCUGAUGAUCCUCUGGCCCCCAUGUCAGGAAGAACAAAGCCCGGGUAACAAAGCGCGCCCCCACCUGGGCCGGUCCUGGCGGCCCCAAACCCAGCCCCCCCUUCCCCUUCCUCCGGUUCCCCCCCGCCGAGGCCCUGGGCCAGCCGUCCUGUCCGGGCCCCGGCCCCCUGGCCACCAGCACCCCCCCGCUGCUCCCGUCACAGUGACGGGCCCUCUUGCACCCAGAGCCGGCCGCUCCCCCCGCGCCCCCCCCCCCCGGGGCUCCAGGAACCGCCUCCUGGGCCUUGGAAUCAGCGGCGUCGGCGUGGGCGGCGCCAUUCUGGGCGGGAGGAAGCUGCCCGGUGGGGCCCCCUCGGGCCCGGGCCGAGGCCGGGCCUGGUCAGCCUGCUCCUGUCGCCAUGCUCGGACCCUCGGGGCCCCACGGGCACUACCGGCGGGGGGGGCUGGGCGGCGGCCGGCCCGGGGCCCGAGGCCUCCGGGCCGCGGGGCGGCCCUGGAGAAGAGGCCGCUGUGCCGGUCACUCUCGGAGGGCCCGUACCCGUACCCGCCGAAGCUGGGCAAGCAGGCCCACGGGGAGCUGGGCUUCCGCCUGCCGGGCUACCGGGACGUGGUGCUGCUGGGGCGGGGGCUGCAGCGCUGUGCCCCCGCGGCCUCCCGAGAAAUGGCUGCCCGGCCGCCCUUCCCCUCGCCUGGAGAGGGGCGGGCACGGCCGCGGGCCGGGAAGCCCCUGCUGCACCCUCUGCGCGGCCGGCCCCGCUCCUGCUGCCGCCUGGGCACCUCCCAGCCCUUGCCCAUCCCCUGCCGAAGCCCCCAAGGCCGCCGGGGGCGGAGAGGCGGUAGUACCCCAGGUCUUGGCGCGCCCGGCCGGGCUUUGGGGCCGAUCCACCCCCUGCCGGGCCUGCCCGGAAGCCCCUCCUACCCGCCGCCGCCGCCGCCGGGCAAGCUGAGUUACGUGGUCCCUCCCGAGGAGGGCGGGGAUGGGUACCCGCUGCCGGGGCACCUGGCUCAGACGGGCAGCGUGGCGCCUGCAGAUUCCCCGGAACCGGGCUUGUGGCAGGAGGGCCCCGGGGGGCACGUCGCCCUCCCCCGGGCAGCCCCAAAUGCCCAGGGGGUGGAGAGUGCCCCCUCCGAUCUGUCGGGCUCCCCUACCCCUCUCCAUACCAGUAGCCCCGUCCAGGGAAAGGAAAGCCCUCAGAAUCAAGAGAAUCGGUCGCCUAGCCUGGCACCUGCCCUGAGACUGGGCCCUGGAGACGGCGCUCGCACCACUGCCCAGGGGAACGUCGAAAAGCCUCCGGAGCUGCCUUCCGCAGCAGGGAAGGAUCCCCCGGGCUCGGGCCCUUUCCACUCGGCCUCUCCUUCCGGCUCCCCCAGGGACUGGGCUCAGGAGAGGGGCCAGGGCGUGUACCCUGGCAGUGCCCAUCCCCGGGUGCCGGUGCCCACCACGCUGCCCGGCCUGCGCCAUGCCACCUGGCAGGGUCCUCACGUUCCCUCAGACAGCCCGGACGGGUCGCCCCUCACGCCCGUGCCGGCCCAGAUGCCUUGGCUCGUGCCUGCCCCCGAGCCCCCCCAGUGUUCCCCCACACCCGCCUUCCCGCUGGCCGCAUCCUACGAUUCCAACGGCACUGUCCAGCCCCCCCUGCCUGAGAAACGGCACCCCCCGGCAGGUGGGCAGCAGGCCGGGCGGCCGUGGGGAGGGGAGCGGGCGUCUCCGCCGGGCCGAGGGGCCACCCAUCACGUCACCUUCGCUCCCCUGCUUCUGGAUGAAGACCCCAGUUCUCCAGAUCCCUCUCCCCAAGAGAGCCAGAGCAACGUCAAGUUUGUGCAGGACACGUCCAAGUUCUGGUAUAAACCACACCUGUCCCGAGACCAAGCCAUCUCCCUGCUGAAGGACAAGGAGCCUGGCGCGUUCCUGAUUCGAGACAGUCACUCCUUCCAAGGGGCAUAUGGGCUGGCCCUCAAAGUGGCCACCCCCCCACCCAGUGCCCAGGCUUGUAAAGGUGACCCCCUGGAACAGCUGGUCCGUCAUUUCCUCAUUGAGACAGGACCCAAAGGAGUGAAAAUCAAGGGAUGCCCCAGUGAACCCCACUUUGGCAGCCUGUCAGCUCUGGUCUCCCAACACUCUAUUGCCCCCAUCUCCCUUCCCUGCUGCCUCAGAAUCCCCAGUAAAGAUCCCCUGGACAAGACCCCCGAGGUUUCAGUGCACACCAACAUGAGCACAGCUUCAGACCUCUUGCGGCAGGGAGCAGCCUGCAGCGUACUCUAUCUGACAUCUGUGGAGACUGAGUCCCUGACGGGCCCCCAAGCCGUGGCCCGGGCCAGCUCAUCCGCUCUGAGCUGCAGCCCCAGCCCCACGCCCAUCACCGUCCACUUCAAGGUGUCAGCCCAAGGCAUCACACUAACCGACAACCAUCGAAAGCUCUUCUUCCGGAGACAUUAUCCAGUGAACAGCAUCACCUUCUGCAGCACAGACCCUCAGGACAGAAGAUGGACCAACACGGAUGGAACCACCUCUAAGAUCUUUGGUUUUGUGGCCAGGAAGCCAGGCAGCCCCUGGGAAAAUGUAUGUCAUCUCUUCUCGGAGCUCGAUCCUGACCAGCCAGCAGUUGCCAUUGUCACUUUCAUCACCAAAGUUCUGCUGGGUCAGAGAAAGUGAAGAGGGAAUGAUGAAGGCCAAUCCUGAAUGAAUGUCCCCUUCUUCUCCUGGCCUCCCUUCCCACUGACCUUUCCCCUCACGUGGAUUAAGAAAAAAGCAGCAGCCCUCACCCCCAUGCACGAGCAAGGGGCUUCCCUGUGACACUCCCCACUCCUCACCCCCACCACAUCCCCCAGCCUGCCACACAGACCAGAUGGGCACAAGUGAUGGCAACUGUAGGUGAACAGAGGGGAAGGGGAGAGCUAGGGCACAGGAGGGGGUGGUGUCAGAAACCAAGCCACAGAGGGGUCUGCCUGAGAGGACCCUGGUCUGGGAGGGGCUGCAGCCAGCUGCAGGCCAGAGCAGAGGGAGAAUGGGAAGGGGAGAGGACUGCACCCCUCCUCCUAUUUACUCCCACCAAACAGAGAGAGCAGGAUGGGAAUUAUAUGAAGAAAAAGAAAAGAGUCUAUUUUUGUCUAAUAAAGAAUUUCUAUGAGCUUUAGUAAGAGCUGGUGAUGUACUGAAGCUGUAGGGGGCCGCAGGGGGACGAGUCACUUGCUUCUGUCUCCUCCACCUUCCUCUCCCUGCCUGGCUGUAGAUCAUGCAUGUGCCUCCCAUUUUCCAGUGACUGCAUCUGAGUACCCCUUGUGCACAACUGAACUCCCCGUGUCCCCAGUGCUAGUCCCAGUCACUAAAAGCCGCUAGGUCCCUGUCCCAUACUACACUGCAAAGCCAACGUCUCCUGCCAAGGAUGUGGGCAUCCCAGCCGUACUGAUAAAUAUGGAAACUCCAUCUUUAUUGGCUGUAUAAACAUCUCUGGUCUGUACAUACAUUUCAUACAUCAUAGUGCAGGGAAGGUGGGGGUAGAGGGAGGCCAGAGGUCUAGGUCCCCCAGCAGCACAGCAGCUCAGACCCUCCUUUCCCCUACAGGCCCCAUUCCUUCUGUGCCAACCAGGGCAAGGAGCUCCUGUCUCCCGUCACAGAGAGGAGGAAGGGGAAUGGGAGAGCCCAGAGUGGGAAUAGGGGAGAGAGCAUAAGAGUCGGAAUCAAACACUGACGCAAACUGGGCAAUGUGAACAAGCAGCAAGCAGACAUCCCACUC